UGCAUCCAGGGGCUCGGCGGCGUUCGGUGCUGAAGUGGGGCGGAUGGCAGAAAGACAGUGGCGAUGGACAUUACACCGCAGGAUUUCCAUUAAUGAUGUCGUUCAAUAAACAUCGGGACAACGCUUUUUCACACUUCUCGCCAUAGGACGCUGACAGCCCGACAGAAAGGGAUGCUGUCACUGCUCCAUGUACUCUGCAGUCCAUAAAUGACCCUUUCACCAAGAUCAGAGGAGGCCUAGGAGGCGGCAGCUAGUGAAUCUGAAAAGAGCUAGUCAAAUAAGGAAACAAGGACAGGAGGAAGCCACUUUUUCACCUCAGCGGUCCAGUAUUCCUUUCUGUGCCAGUCGGUCAGGGAUGGUGAGACCAGUAAUCUCUGUUCCCUGCGGUAAAGAGAAGCUCCCAGCAUCCUCAGCAGCCAGACAGCCAGUUCAUCAGCCAAACAGACGCCAAGACAGUCCACCAGUCUGUCACUACGUCAACCAGCCUGCUCUCAUCCAGCAACCUAUUACCUCAUGCCAUGACUGCUCUGUCUGACCUGUUUUUAGGAACUCGCUAAUUCAUGCCCCGCAGUGUGAGUGGAGUGGAGAUGAGAAAAAGGCAGGCGGCACACAUCGAGGCCCCACCUCAGGCCCCUGGACAGCCCCGACCCAACACCUGCUGCCUCUGCUGGUGUGGCUGCUGCAAGUGUCUCUGGACUGAAGACAGGCUUGAGAGAAGUGAACGACAGACGUGCACCAAGAUGGACAGUAUUGAAGCUACAGAAGAACAACGCCCCAGUCUCGAGGAGUUGCUGUCAUGGGCACGGAGCUUUGAGAUGAUGCUGCGCUCGCUGGAGGGCCGGGAGGUCUUCCAGGAGUUCCUGCGCUCGGAGUACAGCGAGGACAACCUGCUUUUCUGGUUGGCCUGCGAAGAGCUGAAAAAGGAGACAAAUCUAACAGUGGUGGAGGAGAAGUCGAGGAUCAUAUAUGAAGACUACGUGUCGAUAUUGUCACCCAAAGAGGUGAGUCUCGACUCCAGGGUCAGAGAAGGAAUCAACAGGACCUUGACCGAGCCCAGCAACCUGAUGUACGAGGAGGCCCAAUUCCAGAUCUACACCCUGAUGCACCGCGACUCCUUCCCCCGUUUCCUCAACUCCUCCGUUUACAGAGACCUCCUGGCCAACAGGAGGCGUACCUGCCUCGACACCUAGACCCAUCAAACCUCUGUCAUCGCCAUCGUACACCAACGAGACUACUACUUUAACUUCAAAUACUACUAUGGUGCCAGAAGUCGGGUUUGGAAAUCUCUCCCUGUUUCUUGAUUGAAAAGACUGAACGACAUCACAAGAUAGCUGGUUGUUUUUUUUGUUUUUUUUUAUUUAUAUUUUUUAAGCAAUUUAUAUCCAGUUCUCCACUGGAGCCAGGUCCGCCUUUGCUGGUUGGUUAUUGGUCAGUUUAAAACCAUUAAUGCUGGCCAGUGAUUGUUUUGCUAGCAUUCUGUGCCGUUUAUUAGGGUUGACUGGCCAACCCACUUGUGGGCUGUUGAAGUGGCCAACCUGACGGCCAGCUGUUUGUUAACCGUGGACACGGACUCCUCACACGCUGGGGAAGACGAAGAGAGAGAGAGAUGAAAAGGACAAGCCAACUGUUCCUGUACUGUAAUAUUUAGACCUCAUUUUUUCUACAUUCUCUUUAACAUUCUCUCUCUUUCCUCAUUCUAUCAUAUAGUUUUUCCAAUUCUGUCCCAUUCCUCAGAUGUGUUUAUCUUUUCUCUGUUUGAUUCCUUUUCUGUCCAAACAUGACACCGUAUUGUUGGUGGGAGUUGGGGCAUCUCAGCCCUGUUAAACCAGUUGAAGCACUGGCUCUGCAUGAAACUCUCUCUCUCUCUCUACAGUAGCUUGACGAUGUACGCCGCGGACUGCAACCGUUUUUUUGAUUAUUGAGAUGUAUAAUGACAGGUGACCUGUCUCUGUCUGGCUGUCUAUGUUCAGUGAAGGGAAAAAGUACACUUCUGCCAAUUUAAAGCUUAGUGCAGUGUUUUUUAAGUGAGGAGAUUGGAAGGCUCCUGCAGCAAAGGCAGCAGCACCUACACAUGCGUCCAUCCAGCUGUCCAUCAUUCAUCCGUCCGUCCAUCAAAGCACUUUCCACCUUUAGGAUUCUUUAACUGGGAGCAGUAAGGGCUAGAAUUGUGGUUGGGCAGCUACAUGUAAUACUCAUGAACUUUAAACAAAAUAAUCUCUCCACUGAGAAAAAUCACAAUGCCUUUAUAUGUAAGAAAAGGCAGCACAAGGGCUGCUUGAGUUUUUUUCUGGAGAGCAACCACAGUUUGUCUGAUGAUCCCUACCUCCCAUCUUUUUUCCCCUUCCUCCAACUCAGACCAUCACAGCCUGACAAGCACAGGUGCCCAGUGUAGGGGAAAACACAGCUGGACAAAGUAAAAACAACCAUUGACCCCAAAAAGUCAUUUACAUUUUGAAAUUGUGGAGCAGAAAAAGAGGGUUUACUAAAUCGACUUUCAUGGAAAGCUGGUUCUGCUUGGAGAAAAGUAGUAGAUGCAGCAGGCACUGAUGUAACUAAAAAUGGCUUCCGAGCCCUGGCCUUUGUCUGUAAGGCUUGCGCUUUAGAUGCUGUAGGUAACUUGACAGUUCUUGGACUGGGAUGUCCAAAACCAGACUGCAGAAAUGUGACCCGGGUGCCAAACAUGAUGUCAAAGACGCUGUGAAGAGAUAUCACAUGUGACUAGUCAACAGGAAAGUAGAGUCUCAGCCAUUUCGGUACGUGUCUGUUUCUCCAGCAGGUGAAGCUGGGCGAGUAGGAGAUAGUUGUACAGUUAUCUACUGCCCACUCGAGACACUCAUUUCUUUACCAGAGCUAGUGAAGAGGGUUGGUAAUAUAACGUUAACAUGCUACUGUACCAGGCUAGAAGAGACGUGUGUGUAGUCCUGCUACAUGCUACGAGGCUAACUAGGUUUAAGCAUGCUGUAGGCAAGCAGUUGGCAUGUUUGUGCUAGCCAUGCUAAUCCUCCAUCCUCCGACCGCCAACCCUCUCACACUCUUUUUUCCUAAUCCGACUUUGACAGCAUGCGAUGAAAUUGGGUGUUUGUGUAUGUGUAUGUUUGUGUGUGUGUGUGUGUGUGUGUGUGUGUGUGUGUAUAUGUGUGUGUGUGUGUGUAUGGUAGAGUUACACACCUAACAGACAAAUUUAGAAACUAAAACAUUUCAUGGGGUUUUUGCCAAAUGUCCCAUUGAACAUUUUUAGUAUUUAAACAGACAUUUUUUAUUGACGAUGUGAACAUGAACUUUGUUCCUGGCCUGUGGAUGUGCAGUAGAAAGUGCAUGAGUGCAGUGUAUGCUCAUUUUUAUUUCUAUUAACCAGGCCUCUGAGUAUAUUGAUGAUAUCUCAUGAUUGUUAGCAGGCCUCUUGGUUUGGUUGUUAGUUUGUUCUUAAAGUGUCAAUGACAGAGUGCCACUCCUCACUUAUUAAUGUGGGCCUCCCUUUUGCCACAAAUUUUAACUACCUGAAGUUCAUGUGCCAAGUUUGGUCUAGAUCAAAUUUUAGAGCCCAGAAUGUCCAGCAGACUAGUGUCAUUGGAUGUAGGUAGUGAUUAUAGAUUGGAGUCUAUUCGAAGAAGCGCUGUUCCACCGUAUUAGGUUGGUUUUGAAUUGUCAGAUGAAUCACUAAAGAUGAGACAUGUGAGGAAACUUUGUUUCUUAAUGCAUCUGUUAGAUGAGACAAGAAAAUGGCUACCUCUUGUUAACAAAUUUUACUAAAGAAGCUAAACAAGACAGAUAAUUUAGUUUUUAUGUUGAAAUAUAAAUAGUAAUAUAUAGACAUAUCUCUGCCUUGGAGUCCAUUGAGCUUUUUUCAGACUUAUUUUCACUCUGUGUUAUGAAAUGCUAACUGGAUGAGGCUGCCAGUUCAAAACCAAGCUAUCAUAUAACUAAAGAAGCUUUCAGUCGUUAAGUAUUGGUGAAAUGUAUUGGAAUAUUCAAAGUAAAGUUCAGAAAGUAAGCCUAAACCAGUAAUCAUCCAACAGUUAAUGUACAAUAUUUAACCUUAGUAUACAGUACUCACAUGCAGCCUACAUUAUUAAGCCUGAUUUAUACCUCUGCGUCGAAUCGAUGGCAUAGCCUACGCCGGAGGUCUGCGUAGCUCCCGUACCUACACAGAGCCCUACGCACGUAGCUGACGCACACCUCCUCCAAAAUGUAACUACGCAUACAAUCAACGCAGACCGCAAGCCCUGUGAUUGGUCCGCUCUGCAGCAUUGUAUAUCUCACAUUUACAGCACUUUCUGGACCCCCGCUCAUUGGCCGCAUAUAAGCCGUGUAUUUCAUCUCCUCCUCUCUAUUCCUCCCUGUAAUCAUGUCUUUAUGAUAAACAGUAACAUGUCUCAGCUCUAAAUUAACAUAAAAUGUUCUGAAUCGCUGAAGAAAAGUAAACAGAGAUCGUAGCAGGGCUGAAAACGGGUGACAAAGCUAUCAGAGAGACCACACUGCCCUCAGGCGUUUCAGUGGAGUAUUGCUGUGCGACACGAAUCCAUCGACACACAAGUAUGUGGUGCUCCGACGCAGAAGUAUAAACCAGCCUUUACCCAUAUGGACUUGAUUGAUAUUGCUUAGCUGUAAUGAAGAGCUGUGCAUGCAUGCGCUCAGCUGUUCAGAAGCAGAAUAUUACAGAGCAGUUAACCACUUCUGACGCUGAUGGAGCAAUUUUCAAGAAACAACAUGAUGAGAUUUUGAUUUUGGACAGUUCUGUAACAUUUCAGAUUCAGCAGGAGAUGUGCUGCCACUCAUUAAGCUCUCCAGCAGACAAAUCUCUCCGCUGUUUCCCUGUUGCUGAGUCUAUACUAUGAUUAAGACGAGAAUGUUUCACCGAGAACCAGAUGAUGAAAUCAUGGUGCAAUUAAACCAAGUUUACAUUUAUAAAUUGUGAAAUAUAUAUGUGUACCUUGUUCAAUACUCGAAACAUUAGGGGAGGUGACCAUCUCCGGUGAGAGCAGAGAAGCCAGCAGGUUUACAGCUGGCUUGAGACUCUGCCCUGUGCUAGCUCUGCUAGCUUGAUACAGGGUUUACAGGGAGGACAGACACAGCAGAAACCCAGGUAACAGUGUUUUACAGAGAGGACGAACACAGCAGAGUCCAUGGUUUCCUGCUGACGACCUUUCCUGUUAAUUUGUUGUGACUUUUACACAGUGGGGAAAAGUACACUUUUUUUUCAAUAACUGCAUUUCAAAUGUGGAAUUUAAAAGCAAUGAUGAUGAUGUGAAGUGAUGUGUCAUCGCUGAGUUUGGAUUUUUUUUUUUAUCUUUGACAUUUCCAUGGGAACCAAGUGAGGUUAUUUUUCUUUCUCUUUCUUUUAUUUUUUUUAAAAUACAAGGCUGUGGUUUUAUUUUACAGAAGAAACAAACAUUGAGAGCUAAAGUGUCCUGCUAGGUUUGAGGAGGUUUUGAGAAGCUUUGGCCUUACUGACACAUUUUAUCUAUUUUUUUCUCCUUUGUAUAAAAAAAAAAUGACAACAA